ACUCAAGAAAUCAGUCUAAUCUUCUAACCUUUUUUUUCCUUCUCAACUUCAAUAUCAACUACAACUAGACAACAACCAUGGCUAUGGCUUUCAAGAUGGCGACGACCGGAAUGUGGGUGACAGAUGAGUGCAAGAACUCGUUCAUGGAGAUGAAAUGGAAGAAGGUGCAUAGGUACAUAGUGUUCAAGAUCGACGAAAAAUCGAAACUUGUCACGGUCGAUAAGGUCGGCGGCUCCGGCGAGAGCUACGACGAUCUGGCCAAGUCUUUGCCAAACGACGACUGCAGAUACGCCGUGUUUGAUUUCGACUUUGUCACCGUUGACAAUUGCCGGAAGAGCAAAAUCUUCUUCAUUGCAUGGGCUCCGACAGCAUCAAGGAUUAGAGCAAAAAUGUUGUAUGCAACAUCAAAAGAUGGGCUGAGGAGAGUGUUAGAUGGGAUCCACUAUGAAGUCCAGGCCACAGACCCAACUGAGAUGGGAAUGGAUGUGAUCCAGGACAGGGCUAAAUAGAAUCUGAUUAAACAAGCCUGUAUUUAAUGUCAUAUGCAUGUUCUUGGGUCUUACUUGUGCUUAAUUAAUAACUCCAUAGGAGUCCCAUACUAGAGAUGUGUUUUUCUUCUUUGGUGCCAUGUAUCUUUUCUUAGAUUUUUGGUACUAAUGUAAGUUAAUCCCUCUAAUUUUGUAAUAAAUAAGUUAUCAUGUCCCACUGUGCUAAUCCUAAUUACAAAGCACC